CACACCUCAGCAGCUCCUUUGUGACCUUCAAUUCACACCCACAAUCACAUUACGCCGUACUCAGCCACCCCUACCGAUCACCCACCAUGCCUCGUGCUGUCAGAGGAGUCCUCAUCGAGUGCGAUCCGUCGGUGAAAGCCAUCAUCCUCAAAUACGACGAAGAAAGACACGACUACAUCGUCGAAGACCUGGAUGAUGACCGUCAUUUGGUCAUCAAGGAGAGUCAGUUGCAGAAUCUGAAGGCGAGGUUGACAAAGGAGCUUGAUGAUAAGGUGAUGCAGCCUGAUGAGUCGGAAUCGGAGUAAUUCCCAAAAAUUUUCGAUGCGAUCGCCAGCACCAAUGCCCCAAUCCUUAUCGUGCGGUUUAAUAGACUGUGGUGGGACAUACACAUUAUGGGGUUUCGUGGUCGCGAAUUUGCAGUCACCAAUUGCAGGGGUUGGGCCCCUUAAAAUGCAUUAUUCUGUGUUUCAAUGGUCUUGAUGCUGGGUCGGCUGCGCUUGGUCCUAAGUUUUGGG